UCUAUUUGAUCUGAGUUCUGCGGUUUUGUUAAGCGUGUUAGCCACUGGAGACUUAUAUGCUCUUGGUAACUUUAAUUUAAUCGAAUAUCACCAUGUCGGUGGCGUUUGCACCUCACAGGCAGCGUGGGAAAGGUGAUAUAACACCCGCUGGAAUUCAAAAGUUACUUGACGAAAACAACCAGCUAAUCCAGUGUAUAAUGGACUUCCAGAGUAAAGGCAAAACUGCAGAGUGUUCACAGUAUCAGCAGAUGCUGCACAGAAAUUUAGUAUACCUUGCCACGAUAGCGGACUCCAAUCAAAACAUGCAGUCUCUCCUGCCUGCUCCGCCCACUCAAAACAUGCCCAUGGGUCCUGGUGGGAUGAACCAAAGUGGGGCCCCCCCACAGCCUCCACAUGGUCACACCAUGCCCUCUGAGGGUAUGGUCAGUGGUGGCCCUCCAGCCCCACACAUGCAAAACCAGAUGAAUGGACAGAUGCCUGGGCCUAAUCAUAUGCCCAUGCAAGGUCCAGGUCCAGGCCCCAACCAGCCCCCAAACAUGCCCAGUGGCUCUAUGAAUAUGCCCCCCAGCAGUCACGGCACGAUGGGUGGUUACAAUCACGCGGUCCCCUCCUCCCAGGGCAUUCCAGCUCAGAGCCAAAUGAACAUGACCCAGGGCCAACCCAUGGGGACCUACGGUCCACGGCCAAACAUGAACAUGCAGCCUAAUCAAGGCCCCAUGAUGCACCAGCAGCCUCCUUCCCAGCAGUACAACAUGCCCCCUGGUGGUGCUGGACAACACUACCAAGGGCAACAGAACCCAAUGGGCAUGAUGGGCCAGGUGAACCAAGGGAACCAUGUGAUGGGUCAGAGGCCAAUGCCACCCUAUAGACCUCCUCAGCAAGGACCCCCUCAGCAGUACCCAGGGCAGGAAGACUACUAUGGGGACCAGUACAGUCACGCAGGACAGGGAGCCUCAGAAGGUAAUGCCCAGUAUGGCCAGCAGCAGGAAGCAUACCAGCAAGGCCCUCCACAGCAACAGGGCUACCCUCCUCAGCAGCAGUACCCAGGUCAACAGGGCUACCCGCCACAGCAGCAGGCUUACGGUCCCUCCCAAAAUGCCCCUGGACAGUAUCCCAACUAUCCUCAGGGGCAGGGGCAACAGUAUGGGGGCUAUCGCCCCCCUCAACCCGGACCCCCACAGGGCCAACAGCAACGCCCUUAUGGUUAUGACCAAGUGAGUAAACCCACAAUACAGGACAGUCACAGAGACUUGUCUAUGCAUCGGUCUUAAUGUGUCCCUUUUUUAAUUGUGAUUAUUGCCAGAUUUAGUUGUAUGUUUUGUGUAGCUCUCAGUGAGACCAGACAUGAAUGUGAGUGAAGUUAUAAGGUAAACAUUAAAAGGUACAAUGCUGUGCAUGCUAUCAUCAUAUUGGGGUUGAUUCUGAUCUUCCCAAGAAGAGUGUAUUUAUAAGUAGAGUGUAUGUGUCACUUGUUAACCUGAGUCUUAGUUACAUGUCCCGGCUAAUGUGGUAUGCCAUUCCAGUGAAAUAUCAGGGCUUGAAGAGGAUUCUUCCUUAAACUUAAUGCAGACUGCUCUAGUGUUUAAGAGGAGACCUAUUUGUUGCCCUGUAUUUCCUGUGGUCUUAUGUGGGGACCACAGCUACUCUUUGAUAUCUUUAUCUUUGAAUAUUCAGGGGCACAUGAGGAAAUAAAGACCCGGGGAUUUGAACCCCUGACUAGCUCUGUAAGAAGCAAAGGUAAUGGUUGCUGUGAAGACCUCAACGUCCAAUCUAGACGUUUGACCACCUAGCCUUAAUUUGAAUUUGUUAUGUUUCUUCUGUCUAUUUUUGUCUCUAUCUCUCUUCCUUUUUUUUCUUUUCUCGCUCUCUUUUUUUUUUUAUUCUCUUUUGUUUUGUUUUUUUUAUUAACCAGGGGUCGAAUUGUACGUCAUGAGGUCCAGAAACACAGCAUGCAUCAUCUGCAGUGAGACAGCCAAAAGCUUGCCUGCUUUGGCUGCGUCCUUAAUCUCUGCAAUUUUACAACACUGGUUUUAAUGACAUUUUUGCCUAUGACAAUGAAGCUCUCAGUUAUCUUUAUAUAUAUACAUGUAUAUAUAUAUAUAUAAAUAAUUUGAAGAUGUUAUGUUUGAGAAUUGUCAAAUCAGACUGUUUCCAAAUUUGUUUCCACUGUAUUUUUCCAUUGAUUCCAAAUUCAUACUUCGACCCCUGUUUAGAUUUACAUCUGUUACUGUUGUUCUUGCAUUCAAUUUGUAUCACUUAAGGCUAUUAUCAAAAUGCAAUAUUGUCCUCAGCCAUGCUGCUGCUGAAACCUGAGGUUAUCAAGUUAGAAUAUAGAGCUCAUAAGUUGAGGCCAUACUGCCACCUGCUGGUCAACACCAGUCAAUGCAGCAUAAAUCAAGGUUUUGCAGUAUGGUAUGGUUGAAACCACAAGUGUUUACUUAAUCUUGCUUAUUUUAAAAUGGCUUUUACACUGAGUAACAUGCGUCUGUUACGUUUCUCUCCACAGGGCCAGUAUGGAAAUUACCAGCAAUGAGAGAAGGUCACAGCGACCCACACAACUCUGCUCUAAUCUGUGUGAGCUUUGACCUCUUGUCAAUUGCGCCGCAGAAUUAAAUGAUGGUUGCAGCUCACUGAGAUUCUCUCAGACACAAACACACAACAGAAAAAAAGAAAUUCAACGUAUAAGUUU